AUGGUCAUCAAAAAUAAAAUGACGGGGGUUUUGGGAACGCAGUCCGUGGCUAAGGGGCUAGCAUUAGCUGAUGUUUUCGCGGAGGACUCUGAAAAUGAGCGAACAUUUUACGGCUUUUCUGACAGUGAAAUCAGCGACCACUGCGUUAAGAAUUCAAAGUCGGACAGUGAAGAUGAAGCCCAGUCUGACUCUUCCCGCAAGGAGCAGAGAGCCACAUGUAAACCCUCCUCUGGUGCCCACACCUUCAGACUGAGGGUGGCUCUCCGCUCCACUCACUCUGCCCAGCAGUCCACUGAUGAUGAGGAGGAGGAGGAGAAACAGAAGACAAAAAAGCGAGAGGUCAAGAGGGCAGGGCGGACCAGUCACGCAACGAGACGAGUAAAAUUUAAAGAUGAAGAAGAAGAGACAGCAGUGGCUGGGAGGUGUCCGUCUGAUGAGCAUGACUCUGAUUCCGCAGAAGAUGUAGCGGAGUCUUUCCUGGCCAAGAGACAGCAGAACAUCAAGGCCAACAAAGCAAUGUUGGCUCAGCUGAUGGCAGACCUGCAGAAGAUGCCAGGAGGUGCAGGGUUUCUGAAAAAACAAGCAGGCAAACAGAAGACAAAAGAGAAAAGUUCUCGUCCACCACGUUCACGUGCAGCUGGAGGAGAAGCCAGGAAGAACCCAGAGCCGGAGUCUCGCAGAUGGACCCGCUCCAUGGGGGGAAGUGAGGAUUCUUCAGCCCCUAAAGAGGAAGAACUGGAGCUCAGCUUGGAGGAGGAGCUGCUGGAGGUACGCCGAGCUCCACAACGCCGAGCUCCGCCACGGCCUAAUCAGAGCAAGCCUCAUUUUAUCCGCCCUGUGGAGGACAUCACAGAGGACGAGAUUCAGCUUGUCGCUGACAACAUGACUGAUAAAGUCUACAACAGAGUCACAGGUUCCACAUGCCAUCAGUGCCGUCAGAAAACUACUGACACUAAGACGUGCUGCCGCAGUGAGGACUGUCGGGGGAUUCAGGGUCAGUUCUGUGGGCCGUGUCUGAGGAACCGAUACGGCGAGGAUGUCAAGAAGGCGCUGCUUGAUCCGGAGUGGAAGUGCCCUCCCUGUCGUGGCAUUUGCAACUGCAGCUUCUGCCGGCUGCGUGAGGGCCGCUGCCCGACUGGCAUCCUGUUCCCCCUGGCUCAGUACCACGGCUUCUCUGACGUCCACUCCUACCUCAGCAGCCUCCGUAACAAACUGAAGACUGAGGACGAUGUAGACAUGUGA